AUGUCUGUCCUCCGUAACAUCAAGAGCCUCGCUCCCCUCCUCGAUCGGGUUCUGGUCCAGCGCAUCAAGCCCGAGGCCAAGACCGCCUCUGGUAUCUUCCUUCCCGAGAGCAGCGUCAAGGAGCAGAACGAGGCCAAGGUCCUUGCUGUUGGACCCGGUCUUCUCACCAAGGACGGUCAGCGUAUCCCCAUGGGUGUCAACGCUGGCGAUAAAGUCUUGAUCCCUCAGUUUGGUGGCAGCCCUAUCAAGGUUGGCGAGGAGGAGUACCACCUCUUCCGUGACUCCGAGAUUCUCGCCAAGAUCAACGAGUAA